ACGUGAUCAACAAAAAAACGUAAAUACACGUCAGGCUAAUCAACACGGAAAGUUCCACAUCAUUCAACUUUUCAGAUUGAAAGGUAUUGUAGGAGUGGUGACUCAUUGUUCUCGAAUCUAAUUUUGACCACUCCCGAUUGAAGCAGCAAAUGUUUGAUGGAUGCUGCUAACAAUAGAGCAAAUCUAACGAGGAUUUGCUCUCUUUUGGCUUGCAUCAUCAUCUUCACGAACAUUUCGCAAGCCGAAUCGGCCGAGCCCGAGGGGAACCCCGGGACUUCAGGCGAGAAUAACAACAGUGAGCGUUUGAGUGGCAGCUCCAGGCUUCAGAAUGCUGUUCAUCGUUCGUCACCAGAAAGUUGUUCAGCCUCUCACUCACAGGGUGUUAAUAGGCCUCUGAUGAUCCUGAGCACGGUGGAUGGGAAGGUUCUUGCCUUGGACAUCCAGAAUGCUGGCCAAGAGCAGUGGAGUAUGGAUGCUGGAAUUGGACCUCUACUCUCAUCAUCCAUCAGUCAAUUUGAGAUCAUGGGCCCUGAAGGAGUAUACAAGGUGAUACCAUCAUUGAACGGGGGUCUGUUCAAAUGGGAUGGGGAGACUCUUGAAGCAGUUCCGUUCACAGCAGAAUCCCUCCUCAGUACCUCCUUCAGGCUCAAUGAAGAGACGAUGAUGGUCGGUGGCAAGGAGAUCAAUACGUUUGGCAUCAAUGCUAGAACUGGAAAGUUGCACUAUAUUUGUGGUACUGGUGGAUGCCAACUGUAUGGAGACGAAGCUGCCGAUGACCAAGACAUCAUUGUCAUUCAGCACACCAGGCAAACAGUGAGGGCAGUAGACCAAAGGAAUGGCUUAGAAAAAUGGAAUUUCAGUGUCGGUCAGCAUGAUGUUACCUUCCUGAAAGGAAAGCACCCUACUAACGAUGAUCUCGAGGACGAUGAUGAUGAAGUGGUAUGCGAGGUGGAGAAUGAUGACGUAGACAUCCCAUCGGUGAAGGUUGACAUGGCAACCAAAACGGUCUUUGCUCUCGGUGGGCCUAGUGGGAGACAGCUUCUUUGGUCUCACAAGUUGGAGAGUUGCAUAGCCAGUGCUUGGACAAUCCAGGAUGGAGUAGUGAGUGAGGUUGACCUCUUUCAGCCUGUGACCCUUGGCCUUGCUGGGGGUGCUGACCCCCAGAUGACCCCUUUCUUCUCGGAUUAUUCACAGCCCAUGCUGUUUGUAGGCAACCACAUGAAUCAGCUCUACGUCCAGCCGUCGUCCAACACCAACUCUGAAAUAUCCCAGGCUGCUUGGGCAGCCCAUAGAGGGCGGGCUAACCCUGAGGAUGGGAGUCUCGUAGCUCCGAGGGUACGCUGGAGACCUUACGCAUACACCUCAGUGUCCAGGACACCCCUGAUGGUGGCAGCUAAGAACGAGGAGAACCUGCAAGCCAGCAACAAGGAGAAGGGAGAGUCUAACAAGGAUGUCACUGUCUGGAACCAGUACCCUUUCGACAAUGGCUACUACCUAUUACAUCAGCUGACCCCGGUACACAUGAUGCCUCAGAAUAGACAGCUGGAGGGUAAUGAAAGCCAAGAUGGCGGUUUGGAGAUACUCUUCAGUGUAUCUGUGUGGACAUGGUGGAGAGAAAUCUUUGGAACCAGUAUGUUGCUUGCUAUUGGGAUGCAAUUGUUCUUCCAUUAUGUCUUGAAACCGAGAAGAAAGAGGAGAGCAGCGGAGAAAGAAGUCCAGGAUGAAGGAGAAGGGACGGAGAUGGAGGAGGAGAAACCGACCAGUCCUGAAAUCAAAAUCACAAGCGAGCCAUCAGCUCAGGAGUUCAAGUCAAGGUACCUAACAGACUUUGAGCACACCGAGUGCCUCGGUAAAGGAGGGUUUGGAAUCGUCUUCAGAGCAAAGAACAAGGUGGAUGAAAACAGUUAUGCUGUCAAAAGGAUCACCCUCCCAAAUAGAGAGGAAGCGAGAGACAAAGUCCUGAGAGAAGCCCGAACCCUGGCUAUCCUGGACCACUCGGGCAUUGUAAGGUAUUUCAACUCCUGGCUUGAAGAACCGCCUCUAGGCUGGCAGGACAUUCAAGAUAAGGACUUCGUUGGUGAAAGUCUUGCUGGUAAUGAGGGGCUCACUUCUAUGGACACUCCUGCACUCUUCAACAAAAACAGUGAGCUGAUCCGAAACCAUGACCAGCUGAUGCAGCAGACCGGAGGCAAAUCAAGCAUUGAUGUCAGUUUUAGUCGACUAGGAAAAACAAGGGAGAGUCCUGUCCUUAGAUUUGACUUGUCCAGUGAAAGCAGUAUCAGCAGUGAGGGCAGGGUCAACCAAAAAGGUGACAACAAGAUGAUGGGAGUGGAGUCGGAAAUCCUCUUUCCUGGAGCCGUUGAGGAUUUAACGGGAGGAUUCGAAGUUGGAAGUGAGUUCGAAGAGAGCGGGUCUUUUAGUAUUGUAUUUCAAGGCAUUGAAGGGGAUAAAAGCCAAAGCAUGAGUGUUGGUUCAGACUCCGGAGAAGAGACUCCACAGAAUCUAGGAAACUUGGAUGGAAGCACUUCAAACAGAAGUACCGACACAUCCCUCAAUAAUACAAUGGACGUACCCUUCAAGCAGUAUGCCAGUGAGGCGAAUUGUGUGAAAGACCUUGAUAGAAGCGAAUCAUUUCAGAUAUUCUUUGAGGAUUCAGGAUGCACAGAUCAGCCUCAGUAUUCAGACUCGGAGUCCACUCAAUCGGAAACCUCCAAGUCCUCCAGGAACAGUUCCACAUCGAGCAACGCUCCGUGCGUCAAAGGAGGGCAUUGGAAAGAAAUAUCCACUCACCAUGCGCGGACACUGAGCCACACCCCCACGACAUCGUCAGCGGCGGUGAAAGUCCCGAAGAUAUACUUGUAUAUCCAGAUGCAGCUGUGCCGCAAGGAAACCCUCAAGGAUUGGCUAAGUACUAACACGCUGUCCAGGGAUAGGAAUAAAGUACUUCAUAUCUUCCAUCAGAUCCUGGAAGCAGUCAAUUACAUCCAUGGCUGUGGGAUGAUCCAUAGAGAUCUCAAGCCCUCAAAUAUAUUCUUCUCAGUGGAUGGUAAGGUGAAGGUAGGAGACUUUGGUCUGGUGACGGCCAUCGAUACAGGCAUGGAAGGGGAUGAAGACGCUGUAGACGGCGCACCAGGACACCUCCAUACCGGCAAAGUGGGAACACAGCUGUACAUGUGCCCAGAACAGGUUUCUGGUCAGAAUUAUGAUCACAAAGUUGAUAUUUUCUCUCUCGGACUCAUCUUCUUUGAGCUGUUCCAUCCCUUCUCAACACAAAUGGAACGCAUCAUGGUCAUGUGCCGAGCCAAGAGACAGGACUUCCCCAGGAGAUUUACGAAAGAACUGCCUUUAGAGGCAAAGUUUGCAACGUGGCUGCUCUCCCACGACCCCGACCUUCGACCCGAUAGUGAUGAAAUCAGUGAAAGUGAAAUAUGUAGACAAUUAUACGAGGACUAUGUUCCACCUUCGAACCACAACGUAAGAAACAGAGGAUUUUCUAAUUCGUCAAGAUAAUGGUAGUCUUCCAAAUCAGACUUUAUCAAGCAAUAUCGUGUUACUCCGGAAAACCAGCUAUUGGGAUGAUUUCUUAAAAUCAAUGUGGACAUAGAAUCUGUGACUUGUCCACAGAAUGGAGAAGAUCCCACUGUUAAUGAUGGGCUCAAUAUUUUCCGGUUGAGUCUACUAUGUGCUUUGAUCCACGUCCAUGAAGAUCUAGGAUGCACCCUUGUUCUUUUAGAAGUAACAGCCAAUCAGCAUGCUCUGAGCAGGUAUGAUGUCAUAUGUCCGACCACAAUGGAGUUGGAAAAAUGGUCUGUUAGCUGUAACGCAUUAGCCUCUCCAUCACCUCUGAGUUGCCAAAUGCUCAAUACAUCGCUGAGCGAAAGCAUGCUUUUAACAUGUACCCCAUUGCUUACUGGAACCAAGUGGUUCUUAUGCAAAGACUUGGGAGGAUUCCAGAAUUCAUUAUCGGAUGGGUUAAGAAGAAGCACAUUUGCAAUUAGGAAAGAACCCUCUGAAGUGUCUGUCUACUUUAGAAGUGGAUUGUUGUUUAUAAGUAAUGGAGCUGGCAAGAGGUAUUUUUCAACACUUGUCGAUGUAUAUCAUCAGAGAAAUUAACAGAUGUAAAUUUGCCAUUUCCAAAAAUUAUGUCCUUGCAAAUUAGGUGGUCACAAUUUUUAAUUCUGUAUUUCCGUCGUUUCCGCAUCGUGAGGUAUUAUUUGAUGAACUUUGAUAUGAUUAGUUUCCAUUGUAGGCCUUAAAUCUUACUAUUUUUAGAGCUAUGGCACAUUUCUGUAUCACAGUGCAAUUGGAACAAAAAUAUUAAAAUGGCAUAACAAAUCUCCAUGGCUAAGCAAUGAGGGGUUUGGGGCCGAUGAAAAGGGUAUCCUUGGCCUUUGAUGGGGGCUUUGAUUAAUUCACACCCUGCCAUUUGGGCUCUGCAACUUUGUGAUUGUUCGUAAGUCUAAUUUUGUAAUUGAUUCCAUUGAUCAUCAUAUGUAGUCAAUUUAGAAAAUCAAUUUUAUGUUCAAUUACAAAGCCAUGCAUAGUUACUAGUGAUCAACACCUGGUGAUGAGUAGCGUAGUAGGUUUCACGGUGUACCAUGUAUCUUUCUUGUGCAAAUGUUGGUCCUGAAAAUGGCGAUGAAGUUAUAGGGCGAUAGCGAGAAAUGCCUUGAAUAAAUUCUGCAAUAAUAUCUUACAUGUAAUGUCAUAUUGAGGACCAACAUGGAUGGUCUGGUCUCGUCAGAAUGAUGGAUCAGUGGCGGAUACAGGUAGGGGCUUAUCCGGCCCAUGUCCCCCCCCCCCUCUUCAUUGAGAGGCACAAUUUUUUUUGUUAGGGAA